AUGCAGGGCCAGCGGCAGCGGGGGGCAGGGCCUGGCCAGACACCCCCUCCCAGCAGGUGUCGGAGCGACCUCGCAGAGGAAGCAGGCGACGUUUCCCUCUGCCCGGCUUCUAAAGACAGCGGUGCAAGCAAGGCGCCAGGGGGGCGGAGAGGCGCUGGCGCCGAGUGUCUCUCCGGGGGCGGGGAGGGCUUUUCUACCUGCCCCGCCGGCGGCCCGGACCCCGGGGAGCACAACAGCGCCUGGGGGGAGUUUGAAGGCUUUCAAGAAUCUUCGGCCAAGUCUGAACAGUUCUCCCCAAACUUUGAGCUCCCGGAGAGACCCCCACAUCCUCGGCGGCAGUCAGUGGCUUCUACCCAAAAGGAGCGUGGUUCUCGCCAGCCUCCCCAGGGCGGGCCUGGGGUGCCAGGAGCCGCGGGCAGCUCACCUUGUGAGGUAUUUCUACAGCAGACCCUCCGGCUUCGCCUCUCAGUGCGCACACCCACCCUCACCUCCAGCAUGCGCUCAGUGCGCACACCCACCCUCACCUCCAGCAUGCGCUCAGUGCGCACACCCACCCUCACCAGCCUCUCAGUGCGCACACCCACCCUCACCUCCAGCAUGCGCUCAGUGCGCACACCCACCCUCACCUCCAGCAUGCGCUCAGUGCGCACACCCACCCUCACCUCCAGCAUGCGCUCAGUGCGCACACCCACCCUCACCUCCAGUCCCCUGCUUCUGCCCACCUACAAGGACGUGUUCAGGUUUGUUUUUCAAGAAGUACCAGUCCAGCAGGCAACUGAAGGCGUCUCCCCCUUAGACUGCAUCUUAGAACUGCCCGGCUGUGAAUCUGGACAGCAACUGUGUUCUGAAUCUAGAAAACUCUGGAGAGCUCUUCAGAACACAAAUAGCACAUCGGCCUCUCGAUGCCUCUGGAGUGAGUCCCGUUGCCAGGAAAAUCUCUUCCUCGUUCUUGGAAUAGAUGCUGCUCAGAAGAACCUUUCCGGAGACCUGGGUCACAUUCUGGAAAGUUCCGACCUCCAAGAGCCUGAAGAACUGGGCGUGCCCACCUUCCGUCUGCAGCCCUGCAGAGCCCUGAUCCAGACCAAGCUCUCAGGGACUUCCGGCGGCAGACAGGGGAGCCUGCUUGCAUGCAGCCUCUUUCUGAAGACCCCCUUACACAGAAACGGGCAGUACCUCACAGUUCCAUGGAAAAAGAAGAUCUUCAAUCCACGUAACCUAAAAAUGACCUUGUUUAAUAGUGACGUUUGCUAA